AUGACGAGCAGCUCACAGCCUCCCCGACCAGCACCACAUCUGGACCGUACGACCAGCACCACAUCUGGACCGCACGGCCAGCACCACAUCUGGACCGCACGACCAGAACCACAUCUGGACCGCACGGCCAGCACCACAUCUGGAUGGUACGACCAGCACCACAUCUGGACCGCACGACCAGCACCACAUCUGGAUGGUACGACCAGCACCACAUCUGGACCGUUCGACCAGCACCACAUCUGGACCGUUCGACCAGCACCACAUCUGGAUGGAGAGAACCGGAUCUUUCUGCGCAACGGGAGCGGCCCGUGCGACGGCUACAUCGGGAUCUACCACAAGGGACAGUUGGGCUACGUUGGCGGGAAACACUGGAGCGGGAACACCGACAAGGUGGCGUGCAGCAGCGUCCACUGCGGGGCGCCGGUGAGCAGCCGGGCGGUGCCGGCGCCCUGGACCGUCGGCACCGUCUGGCUCAACGAGCUGAAGUGCACCGGAGCCGAGCCGGACCUGUGGGACUGUGCCCACCCGGGCUGGGGGGUCAGCCGGGGUCGCAGGGACUCGCUGCACAAGGUCACGUGUUCACAUGAAAUCCACAUCAGCGUGGACGGGUUCAGGUGCGCAGGAGCCGUGCGGUACUCCACCGACGGGGGGGCAACGUACUCGGGUUACCUUUGUGCUGACAACUGGGGGGAAGUGGAGGCCGACCUCCUGUGCAGGAGCCUGGGCUGCGGCGCGUCCUCGGAGCCGGUGGAGGAGCCGUGGCUCGGCUGGAGGGGAUUCCAGAAGAAGAAGACGAAGACGAUGACGGUCGAGUGUUCGGGGAUGAAGAGUUUCACUCACUUGUGGCAGUGUGUCACAAAGACAACGCCGCUGUGUGAGAAGCCUGCCUCGGUCCUAUGCACAGGUCACGAGCGCCUGCAGCUCCAGGGGAACCCGUCCAGCUGCUCCGGGCGGCUGCUCAGAGAGGAGAGUGGGAACUGGACCUCGGUUCCCUGGAGCGCCCAGAAGGACGCGGGCCGUCUGGACGCGUGGUGCCAGAGGAUGAACUGCGGUACCAGCGCCGGCCACCAGGAGCACGGCGGCGGCACCAACCUGACGUGUUCAGACCAUGUCGAAGUGGUUCUGAUGGACGACGCCGAUGAACCCAGCAGGUGCUACGGCGCCGUUCACGUGGCGCUGAACGGCACCGGGCGGCCCGUGUGCGCCUCCUCCUGGACGCCCCGGGAGGCGCGGGUGGUUUGCACGGAGCUGGGCUGCGGCAGCGUGUUCAGUGAAGGUACGAGGCCGACAGCGCGGGGGAUCAUGGACAACGUGCGGUGCUCAGGCAACGAACCCUCACUGUGGCACUGCAGGGCCAAGCGUGACCACGCCCCUUUUCCAUGUGCCGAGUCCACCGGCGCCUAUGUGGUCUGUACAGGUAGUAUGAAAGUGAGAUUGAUGGACGGUCCCGGACGAUGUGCCGGGCGGGUGGAGAUCAAGCACGAGGGCCGAUCGCUGAGGGUCUACCAACAAGGAUGGACCGACACCAACUCGGACGUCGUCUGCGGACUGUUGGACUGCGGGGAAAGAGGAAAUCCCAUCAAACUGGACAGGUUCAGUCAGGGUUCAGGUGAAUUCCUGCCAGAGGCGCUACAAUGCAAGAAGGACGCCAGACACAUAUCCGAGUGUCUUACGAGGAGCCGAAACAACGCCCCCGAGAAGGCGAUGGGAAUAACCUGUGAGGAGCACACGGUGGUUUUCCUGAAGGGGAAUCAGUCGUGUUCGGGCAUGGUGGGGAUCGAGCGAGGCAGCAAAACCUACUGGCUCUCCGGCUCUAACGGGACGUGGAACCAGGAGUCUGCAGACGCCGUGUGUCGGCAGCUGCAUUGUGGGAAAGCCCAACAGCGUUCCUUCAUCCCUCGCGGGGAUAUGACGAAACCCCUUUGGAAUGAAUCUUACCGCUGCUCGCCCAACAGCGAAUCCCUGUUUCACUGUGAGAGAAGCAAAGCGCCGCCAUCCAACCACACGCAGACUAUCGCCACUGUGACCUGCUCAGGAAACAUCACGGUGGACCUGACCAAUGGGUGUUGGGGCAAUGUCAACGUUUGUGUGGGCGGGCGGUGCGGCGGCGUGUGUGCCGAUACCUGGACAUGGGAGAAGGCGGCGAUACUGUGUGAAAACCUGGGCUGUGGGAACCGAGUCCUGAAGGUCACCGCCAAGCCCAAUAGAAGCCGGGUGGUGUUCAAAAGUAUGCACUCCACGGAGGAGACCACCCACCUGUCCCAGUGCAACUUCGUCAUGAGUGAUGAAAAUGACAAGACCUGUGACCAUAACCCAGCCUAUGUUGUCUGCUCAGGCAGCAUCCAGGCCAAAUGGAGUUCUUCAAGAGACAAAUGUUCUGGAAAUGUGGAGGUGCAAUAUGAAGGCCAAUUGCUCCCAGUUUGCACCAAUGCUCUUGAAAAUAAAGACACACAAAACACCAUCUGUGGGGAGCUGAGAUGUGGCCACGCCGUCGAUCAGAUCGACUACUUCGGAUAUAAGGCAGCGGGGAGUCGAGCCAUUUCAAAAAUCCAGUGUUCUGCAACGGUCGAGUCUUUAACAGAAUGUAUGAUCGACGUUAAGGACAGCACCUGCUCCCCUGGUGCCCUCCAAUGCUCCGGCUGGAGCAAGAUGGCGCUGACCGUCAACAAGGCCUGCAGCGGAGUUCCGGUUGUUUACUCGGAAGGUAAAAUAAGUGCCAUUUCCUUGGAGGGCUGGACAAACACCGAAGGCGAGAGACUUUGCCGGGAUUUGGACUGCGGCAGUUUGAAGUCGGUCAACACAACGACGUCGGAUUGUCUCUGGACCACAAACUUCAGCUGUGCGGAUGGAAAGAUCCCAGACAACAUCUGGGACUGCGAGAAGAACAUCUAUCUCUCAGAGGAGAGCCAAUCAAAGAAGCAGCUCUUUAUCGAAUGUCAAGAUGAGCCCUCGGUCACCCUGUCAGAGGGAUGCUUUGGGGAAGUGAAGAUAGACGGCGUCGAGGUGUGCGACAGUUACUGGAAGGAGAGCGACGCUCAAAUGGUUUGCGAGGAGCAGAACUGCAGCAACGCCAUUGCCGGCUCCCUCCGUGGUAACGAGCCCAGUCCGGAUCAGGAGUACCACCACGUCAGCUGUGAGGACAACCACUACACACUCGGCCAGUGCAAGAGAUCCAUGAGAAAGUGCUUCGGGCGGCUGGUGUCCGUUUACUGUGUCGGUAACGUCCAGUUCAACACCACAGAAAGGUGUGGAGGUCAGAUUGUCGUCAACUAUCAAGGCGCGUGGGAAAAAGUGUGUCCGCUGAAGUCGUUUUCCGCGGGACAUUUAGAGAUGCUGUGUGAGGAGCUCCAGUGCAACGGCUACAACGCCACCAUACGCAGCCAGGACCCCGACCCCCCGCUGAAGGCCAGCUUGAAAGCGACGCUGCGCUGUACCGAUUACAACCGGGAGAUGAAGUACUGCCUCAGCCUCCGGCAGUGUGACAAGGUCCAACCCGCGGAGAUCUACUGCAACGGGUACGAGGUCCGUCCCACCGAGUCACCCGAAAACAGCGCCACCCCUGCGUGGCCCAAAGCGCUGUGGGUGGGAUUCUCUCUGGUUCUGGUGGUUCUGAUCGUCGUGUUCGUCGUCGUCUGCUCGGUCAAGAGAGCCAAGAGAGGCCGGAACGUCUCGCGAAUGCUGUCGAGGAAAGACGCGGCGUUUGAAAGCGGCGACUACGACGACGUGACGAGGCCGACCAACGAACUGGAGCAACUGAACCGAUUCAGAUCCGAGUCCGAAGUCCCGGCGGAGGACGACCGGAGCUCUUCCUCGCUUCCUUACGACGACGUCGAGCCGGGACGCCCCGGGGCAGAGCGCAGGAAAGUAGUUCCGGUCGCAUCUUCCCGACGCCGGGGGACCGUCCGUCAGAAAUCUGCAUUUUUAACGGGCAGCCGACUGUUUCUCACAGAUGAGGACGAGCCGGAGAGUUACGACGACGUGGAGGCCGGAGCCGAGGGCCCUCAGACCCACGCCGAAGUCCACGAGAGAACCCAAACCCCAACGGGGGGCGAGGAGAACCUGGACCCGAGACCGGUGAGCCAGGCCUGA